AUGAGCUCCUACAGCUCACUCAACAAUCUCAUACCCACCGAGAACACUUAUAUUCUCAAUGCGGAGUAUUCGAAUGGCGUAUCUCUCGAAGAGGGAAAACAAGCAUCAUCUUCGCUUCUUCGCGACACUGGCCAGACGAAUAGGUCACCGAAUACAUUGAAUACGUGUGCAUCUACAGUUAACCGAUAUCGAUUCAUUUUUCUGGUUUCAUUCACUUUUCUAUUAAUCACAUUGUGCAUUUCUCUUGCGGCGUUUAUUUAUUUCCGGCCAAUUCCGUGUACAUCGGGCUCUUGUGUGAUGACGGCUUCUCGAUUAUUGAGUCGAGCUGAUCAGAGCAUCACACCGUGCGAUGAUUUCUAUCAGUACGCGUGCGGAAAUUGGAUCAACCAAUCGGUCAAUAUACUGUAUGCCUCGUGGAAUUCGCUGUACGAGACGCAAAUGAAGGCGCACGAUAAAAUUGUGAAUGUGAUUAGUCAAGUGCUCGAUGACUCAUUUCCCACUGAAAUGAACGCUGGCGAGAAAGCGGCAGCCCUUUUAUACAAACAAUGCACCGAUCUCGAUACACUCGAACAGGUCGGACUCAACACGUGGAAAAGAUAUGUGGAAUUGCUCGGCGGCUGGAUGCCGGAGCUCGCCGAAGGCGGCUAUAUGGACGAGCCGUCGGAAUUCGAAAUCGAGGACAUGAUUCUGACGGCGUUCAAUUACACCGUCUUCCCAUUGUUCUGGGCCGGCGUCGAAGUCAGCUAUUUCAAUUCGAGCAAACAUUCGAUAACGAUUUACGAGCAACUUCCGAUUUUGCUCGCCGCCGACAAAUACACGUUCGAUAAAGAAGUGACACCGGAAAUGAUUUUCAGCAAAUCGGAUGGACCACCGGUGACUCUCGCGUUGCAAGAAGUUGGAGAGGAACUCGCCGAAUUAUUGGAUUUUGAUAGAAAAGAUGAGAAUGUGAGAAUGAUGAUCGCGAAUAUGAUUCAUCUUGAAUACCAAAUCACAUCGAGCGGCUCGACUUUUUAUAAAGAGAAAAAAGAGAGAUAUGAAGUUGUGACAUUGGGCCAACUUCAACAAAUUGCGCCAGCGAUUAAUUGGCGUUAUUUCUUUUCUCGUCUUUUGGGAAUGGAGCUUGAUUAUGGCGAGGAGAUUGCAAUCAAGACGGGUGCUGAAUGGAUAGUGACUCUUUCGAGAAUCAUUGCCGAUCUUAAGAAGACUCGUCAAGGUGUUGCCAUCAUCAAAAACUAUAUCAAAUGGAAGACGAUUCUGUUCCAUUUGGCGUACGCCAGCCCAAAAUGUCAGAAUGGCCUUUUAUGGAUUACUGUCAGCUUGUAUGGCGGCGCUCGAAGUCAACGCAAAGAGUUUUGCGUUUUGAGACUGUCGGGAAUAUUCCCGUUGUCGUUUCCAUCGAUUCUCCGCAAAAUCGAUGGAAUGGAAAAGUCGGAUGAAAACAAGAGAAUGGUGCAGAAUAUGACGGAGCACAUUUCGGACGAGUAUCGCAAGAUUAUCGAGAAGACUGACGUGUUCGUGAAUGAGCAAACGAGACAGAAUGUGUUGGACAAGAUUUCGAAUCUGACAAAACACAUUAGUUUUCCGGAUAAAAUGACAAGCGAUUAUGAGAUGAACAAGGAAGCCAAUAGGGUUUCUGAUGAAUUCUUCUGGUCAAUGGCUAUUGGAGCGUCUUCAGUUUAUCGUGAAAAACUCAAGCGACUGAGAAAAGCGGUUGAUCCGAAGGAUUGGAUCGACACGAGGCCGGCGCUUUCGAUUCCGGCACAUAAUUAUGAAAGGAACCUCAUUCAAAUACCUUUCGAUUCAUUGAGAUUACCGUACGCGGAUAAAUCGCAAAUGGACUUCGCUAAUUAUGCUGGAAUCGGCUCCAUAAUUGGACACGAAAUGACGCAUGCGUUCGAUGCGCAGGGCAAAUUGCAUGGUCCCACUGGAAGUUUGGGACAUUGGUGGGAUGUCGAAUCGCGGAGAAAAUUCACACAAAAGGAGCAUUGUUUUGUGAGGCAGUAUACGCAAUUGCACGCGUCGCAGGAUAAUGCGGCAGCGAGAGCUGGACUCUAUGAGAAUAUUGCUGAUUUUGUCGGUCUCAAAGUCGCAUACGAGGCGUGGAAGAUUCAUGGGAAGGAUCAAAGCGCGCAACUGGCCGGCUGGAACAACUUCACGCAAGACCAACUGUUUUUCCUGGCUUAUGCCCAAGGAUGGUGUGCGCUCAAAUCGAAGCAACCGCGUGAGGUGCACAUGGAAGAGCGAUACCGAAUGAUCGGCUCGCUGCAAAACUCGGCCGAGUUCGCGCGAGCCUGGCAGUGUCCGACUGGAAGCUACAUGAACCCGAAAGACAAAUGCACAUUAUGGUGA